AAAAGAUUUCCCAGCCACACUCAUCCAUCGCCGUCCCCGUCGCCAGAGUCUGCAGCAGCCAGCAGCCAUCGCCGUAUCCGUUGCUCUCACCAGAUCCUGCGCCGUUGUCUUCACGCCGUACCGCCGUCCUGCCGACGCCGUCCCAGGCGUUCGCCAUCCCAGUCCUGCAGGCCUGUUCCACCCGCCGUCCCCUUCCCCCCACGAAUUUCCAGCCUUGGGCGGCUUGUGCUCUUCUCUCUCAUCUGAAUCGAUAGCAGCAAUUCCUGCACAGAAAAGCAUCAAGAAGAAGCAAACGGCUUAGCAGCUGUGAAGCCAGAGCAGCUGCUGAAGGCUGUGUAGUGAGCAAACACAGCAGGAGGGCUUGCAAAGGUCUUUGUGCAGUUUUAAAGACAAGGCAGCAUUACCUAAAAGCAAAACAAAGGAUGUGGAUGCUUUUGGACAUUUACAGCCAUUAUGCUUUGGCUUGUGAGUUGUGAAAUGCUUUAACCGGAAACAUGCCCUCUACUUUUCCCUGGGAUAUUCUCUUUUUGCUUUCCUAAUAUAAAGAAAGGGAGGCUAAAGCUAAGAGGGAAGUGGCCGGUGUUGGCGGGGAUGAAUAGUGUUUUCAGUGAAGUGAUACUUGCAGACAAGCUCUCCAAGCUCAACAACAGUCAGCAGUGCAUUGAAACAUUGUCCCAUUGGUGUAUUUUCCACCGGAGCAAAGCAGAGCAGGUAGCUGCAACAUGGGAUAAGCAAUUCAAGAGUUCUGAGAUGGUCCUUAAAGUCCCACUUCUUUAUCUUGCUAAUGAUAUACUACAGAACAGCAAGCGGAAAGGAAAUGAGUUUGUCACAGAGUUUUGGAAGUUUCUUCCUUCUGCAGUCAAAGAUUUGGUGGAGAAUGGUGAUAGUAGUGCAAAGAAUGUAGCCUCUAGAUUGGUUAAAAUAUGGGAAGAGAGGAAGGUUUUUGGAUCUCAGGCUAAGAGCCUUAAUGAUGUUAUGCUUGGGAAUGAAUUGCCCACACCAUUGCAAUUUCACAGGAAAAGGUCUCGUUCUGUCAAGAUAUUGAAAAGGGAUUCAAGGUCCAUAAGAACGAAAUUGUCAAUUGGAGGACCAGCUGAAAAAAUAGUGUCAGCACUUCACUUGGUGCUUAGUGAGAUCACCAAUGAAGAGGAAGAAAUGAGUAAAUGCAAGUCUGCGGUCCUCAGAAUAAGAAAGAUUGAGAAAGAUGUUGAUACAACCCUUACAACAGCAAGUGAUCCAAACAGAAAGACAUUGUCAAAAAAGCUUGAGGAGGAAGAAAAUGCAUUGAAGAAAUGCAUUGAGAAACUUAAAGUAGUUGAAGCAAACAGAGCUACUCUUGUGUGUCGGUUAAAAGAAACGUUAAAUGAACAGGAAUCUGAGCUAGAGAACGUUCGCACUCAGAUACAGGUCGCGCAGGCUCAGACAGAGGAAUCUAGGGACAUGCGGAGACAUUUAGACGAUGAAAGUUAUGUGGCGGAUUCAAAGCCUUCAACAACAACGGCUGAACUAAGUGCCAAAGAUGGGAAAAAGACAGCUGCAGCAAUUGCAGCAGAGGUCGCAGACAAGCUCACAGCAUCCACGUCUUCUCAGUAUAUCAUGUCAUCAGUUCUCUCCACAUUUGCUGCUGAGGCAGCAAAGAACGCCGGGCACACGAAUGCCUCUCCGGCGGCGUUCCCAUUAACGCCGCCGCUGCCAACACCCACCAUCAAUACGGCAAACUAUUCGCUGCCAGUGUCAGAAAGACCCCUUCCUGUUAUUAUGCCUUCACAGCCGGCGAACCCACCACCUCCUCCUCCUCCUUACCAAUCGGUGCUGGUUUUGCAACACCCAACAAUGCAGCAGCAGCAGAGCCAUCACUUCCAUUCACUUCCUCCAAACCCACCACCCCCCAUGCAGACAUAUAUUCAGCAGCCAUCAGGUGGCAUUGUUGGAUCAUAUGGCUACCCUAGGAUCCCAUCUUCCUCAUUCUUGGUUCCCUUGGCCCAGCCACCACCACCACCACCACCACUGCAGCAACAUCUAACAAUGCCUCACCAAUCACCGGCACUGCAAUUACCUCAACAUAUGCCUCCUCUUCCUACCUUCAAUCCAUUAUUACAUAGGUAAAACGCUUGAGGUAAUUUAUAAGCUUUGAGUUGUCUAAUUGUGAAGCAAGCGUUCGUUCAUGUGAGAUCGAUCUCCCGCGCGCCCCAUGUGUUGUCAUACUUGUUGCUCUAGGCCUUGUAGUUGUUUUUUUUUCCUUAAAUAUUUCUCUUGUGUAAAAUCAUAUGGAUGGUGGUUAGGGCCAUUUGCAAUUUUGAAUUGAUAGAAUAACAAAUUCGAGUGAAAUCAAUCCUAAUCAAGAGUCAUUUCUUCA